AUGUCAGCUGAUGAUGAGGUGCAGGCAAGGGCAGCAGAGGGACAGGAGAGUCAGGCUGGACAGCGGCAAAACGCACCCUUACCUGCACCCGCACCAGCACCUGCCAACGCAGGCCCACCCGCAUCAGCAUCAGCAUCAACAUCGACGCAAACACCACCACCACCACCACCAGCAGCAGCAAGCACGCAGGAUCCGCUGACGACGCUGGAGCGGACAUUGGCGCUGAUGCUCAAGAUCGCCACGGCUUCCAUCUCCUACAUUCCAGGACACUCUUUGCCUGUAGAGGUGGAUGCCCGCAUUGCCGUCUCUGCAGCACCUCAUCACGUGGGCGAGCACAGGGUGGGACCGCAAGCCAUGUCGGAGAGCGUGGAUGAGCUGCAAGAGGAUCUGGUAGAGGCUGCUCAGAGGUUCAAAGAGUGCCUUCAAAGCCAUGCCAUGCAGCAGCUGGUGGCAGGCGGAGGCAGCGGUGGCGGCAGCGGCGGUGGUGCGAUCGAGGAUGACGAAGAGGAGGCGGACAAGGCGAGGGAUGGGCAGCAACUUGGAGAGCUGGAUGCGGAGAUGAGAUUGGCCAAUGAGGAGUUUGCUCGCGUCACUCUGGCAGCAGAUAAACAGCUGCAACAGCAAAAGAGGUUGCUGGAAGAUUUGUCGCGCCAACACGCAGCUGCUCGAGCCGAAUUGGCACGCCAAGCAGCUUGA